AUGUCGUCCUCGAUCAAUGUCGGUAUAGAUAACACUGGUCUCUGGGGUAUCAAACAAACUCCGCAGGCAUCCAGUCUAUUGUCAAAUCUGAUGCAACAAGACCUCGAGAAACACCAUGUCUUUCUUAACGAUAUCGGCUUUCACGAUCAUAUGCCCCACCACCUCCUUGCCCUCUAUGGUACAGGUGCUAGCGCUGAAGAUAUACAGAAAGCGUGGGAUCAACGCGACCCACUCCAGCGUCCAGCUCUGCCACGUAAUGAUCGUGUCGUCAAAUAUUUGAUCGAAUCAUGGAACAACUCGAUGCCAUACCUGGGAAAGGAAGAGCACUAUGCAGAUUUUUUGGCCUAUUUUCAGCAUGUCAUCCAGAUUCGAGGCUACCAGGCUGUCGUCAAUGAACACCUUUUUCGGGCCAACGACCCCGCACAGUUGCUCGUUCGACUACAUGCUGGAGUCUUGCAUCCCUUGAUUCAACUCAUGUACGGCCUGGAAUGGGAACAACCAGCCGUCGUUGCAGAAGGGCUCGCUCAGGCAGCAAUCCACGGUAUUGAGCAGCUUGAUGAGCUCCUCGUUCAAAGCGAGAGGAUGGUGUACAACUCAUCGUCAACUGGCAGAAUACCGAACUUGUUGACUAUUUACAAAAGGAUUCAGCAAGACCCACAACUUUCUCAUUGUGUCAGACCAGAUGACGAGGAAAAGAUCAUCGAAGGGGUGAUUGGUCGGUCCAAGGAAGAGAUGCUUGCCGUACUGCAAGAGGUUCGAGUUCAUGCUGAAGAUCUUGCAGAGAGAACAGCUGAGAUGUUUCAUAAUAUUGUUUUGGUUGCUUCUGGUGCUGCACUCCAUCCUCACAAGCACGUCAAGUAUGACUUCUUUCUGAUGCAUCAUAUCAACUCGUCACUCAUGUACCUUACUAUCAACAAGCAGCACUGGAUAACGGAAGCCAACAAGGUUCGGAUGCUGGAAUGGAAGAUCCGCAUGGAUCUCCUUCAAUACGCAGCCCGUGGAGCCCCGGACUUCUCUGCGGAAGCCAUCAGAUCAUAUGAGCCCAAAAUCGGACUCAAGGGUGGACCAAGGCAGAUUGCAACCAAAUUGCACUCUUUCGGCGACGACGGUCACGCGAUCAAGCAAGCCAGAGCUACAAGUCUCUGCCACGAAUUAAUAGCACACUACAAAGGGAAGAGUUGGGCUGUUCUGGUGGAUGAUGAUCUUUGGAUUAAGAUCCAGCAUAUGGUCAUCGACGCUGUAGAGGGUCCUGGUCCUCUUUAUGUUCGUACUGCUGGUCUGGAGGAAUCAUGGAAGGCAAGUGCGCAGACAAUUUUCACACCUUCAGCACGGCUAACAAAACUCAGGACAUCCCCCUCGCUUCCGCACAGAAGAGAUCUCCUGCGGAGCUGUUGGCCAGACAGUAAUAAGCUCGAGUCUGAUAUGUUUACAGAUGUAUCUUAUAAUUCUUUCUAUCGUCUAUGUCACUUUUGUACUUUGGACCCUAAUGUCAAAAGAAGUGUGCCCAAUCACCACUCCCAUGGUGUUCUUCUGCUCGAUCGAGUGAUAUCUGCUCAUGUCUUCCCAGAUAUCCUUUGUACCAAUGCCGAGCUGCUCAAGAAUCUCCAUGACCGCAGCGUACAAGACAUCGAUUUUCCCGUCUUCAACCUUGAUCGCGAUACCGACAGCCCCUUUUGCACCCAUCUUUUCUGUGGCUUCCGACUCGCGAAUAGCAAGGCCGUAACAUCCGUCCGCACCAAGUUUGCCGAUGAGCGCUCCGCGAUACACCCGACCAAGAUCUGUGCAAAAGCGGUCUUCUCCAGCGAUCAGCUCUGGGAAGGCAGACAUUGA